CAUGACUAAAAGUCGCUGAAAACAAACCUUGGCCCGAGUAAUUUCUUGCUUUAGAGAUAACAGUCACCGAGUUCGAACAAUAAGAGGAUACAAGCCUGCCUGCAUUUUUUCUUUCCUUUUUCUUUUUUAGUUUCUUUUUUUACACCAUGAGUUUCCUUCGUGCUGCUACUAAGACUUCUACUUUCUUGCGCCCUACUCUUCAACUGCGUUCUCCUCUCGCUUCUUUGUCCACUCGUUGGAUCACUACUGAAAUGAAGGCUCGUUUAGACAAGGACAUCAAAUCCAAUGAUGUUGUUUUGUUUAUGAAGGGUACUCCCGAUGCCCCUAUGUGCGGUUUUAGUCGUGCCACUGUACAAAUCAUGCAAGUCCAAGGUGUUGAUUUCAACACAAAAGUCAAUGCAUUCAAUGUAUUGGAAGACCCUGAAUUAAGAGAAUCUAUCAAAGAAUACUCUGAAUGGCCCACCAUCCCUCAAGUCUAUAUCAAGGGUGAAUUUGUUGGUGGCUGCGAUAUUUUACUCAACAUGCACCAAUCUGGCGAUUUAGAAGAUUUGUUAGCCAAGAACGAGAUUAUUCCUCCUGAAGAAGAAGAAGAACAAGACAAAUAAAGAAAACGUUUAUUUCUAAUGAUGU